CGGGAUCUCCAGGGCAACGCUGGUAAACAAACGGCAUGGCGGCCUGCUAGCAGAGGAUCCAACCAGGGGGUGAGAGAGAGAGGGCAGGGGGGAUGGAGGGUGAGAGAGAGGCAGGGGGAUGGAGGUAGAGAGAGGGCAGGGGGAUGGAGGAGGUGAGAGAGAGAGAGGAGCAGGGGAUGGAGGGUGAGAGAGAGGGCAGGGGGAUGGAGGGUGAGAGAGAGAGAGAGGAGCUAAGGGGGAUGGAGGAGGUGAGGUAAGAGAGAGAGAGGGCAGAGGGAUGGAGGGUGAGUGAGAGGGCAGAAGGGGGAUGGAGGGUGAGUGAAAGAGGAGAGGGAGCAGGGGGAUAGAGGGUGAGGGAGAGAGGGCAGGGGGAUGGAGGGUGAGAGAGAGGGCAGGGGGAUGGAGGGUGAGAGAGAGAGGGCAGGGGGAUAGAGGGUGAGAGAGAGAGGGCAGGGGGGUGGAGGGUGAGAGAGAGGGCAGGGGGAUAGAGGGUGAGAGAUGGGGCGGGGGAUAGAGGGUGAGAAAGGGGGCAGGGGGAUAGAGGGGGUGUGGGGUAUUGGGGUAUUGUAGAUGUAACGGACCGUUUUGCCCUCUCUUUUUAAGAGGUUAAAAACCGUUUAGGCGAUAUUCCCCUUUCAGAUGCACAGACAGCUACUGCAAUCACCAAUCUCCCGAACUGCAAACUACACAAAUUCUCCAACUCCCGAACAUGAAACCCACGAAUACUGGAAACAGCUGAACAGGAAAAACCAUACGAAAGGUUUACACUCCUGCCAGUCAUCAUACAAUCCAAUUCCCCCAAUAACGAGACGACACUUCGUUUGAGGGUUAAGCAGAAUCUCGUUUACUGGGGCUAACUGCCCAGCUUUUAUGCAGGUCUCCCAACUGGUGGACACUCCCCUAGGGGACCAGAUGGGAGACUGGGACACAAAGGGCACAAGAACCAAUCACAGACUUACACAUUUCAACAAUGCAUCACAAUCCCUCCUCUCUGUCCUGGAGAUAAUUGGGAAGUAAUCCAAUUAUUAUCUCCAAAGACAGAGGCAAAACUCCAUUACACACAUUUUCAAUAAAAGACAUAAAAUUACACACAGUUACAUUUAUUACAUAAAACCAUAGACAUUCUACAUAUCCCCAGAUAGCUUAGAUCUGAGCGCAUAUUACUACCGAAUGGCGCUCACAUCAUAUACAUAUAGUUCAAUAGCCAUGGAGCCAAAGUCUUUCAUACAGUCUUUCAGUAUACGGCAGGGCUCCAUGGCAUAGUUUGGGCGCUGAACACCGCUGGCCGUUCGGGAGGUAAAAUGGCGGCUGCCACGUGUUCGGCAACCGAACAAAGGCCACCCAGCGUUCAUCAAUUAAGCUGCGGUUAACCGCAGCUUCUGGGCGGUCAAUUGACGACACACUCCAGCUCCCAGGUGGUCCAUCGUUUGGUAGUUUGUUCGGUAGAUUGAAUCUACCGAACACCCUGGCAGAAAGGCACGAAUAAACCUUUCAGCAGGGAAAAUAACAGGUCUGAACUGCAGGGCCAUAGUCUAAAGGGAGCAGGCGAGCAACCAGGCUUCUCCAGUGCAUAGUGGCGAGGUUGGUUCCGCCACAGUAGAGUUUAAUGAUGCAGGAGCGACAUUAUAGGGUCACACUUUUUAUGAAGAGCAUUCAAGAAAAGCCUAUUUUCAGUGCAGACUGGCAAUAUUAGGAUGCAAAGAGGAGAUUAUAAUAUAGGGUGAAAACAGAAGAUUUGAGUCUGGUUUUGGGAAAAUGAAAAAAAAUAUAAGUGGAUUUAAUAACUCUCUACCUGGUAUAAUUGUCCGUUUACUAACCAUUUUAAUAUAAUUUAUAAUGAAAAAAUUUAAAAAAACAAAGCCAUCUUAUUCUGUUAUGGUGACUAUUUGAUUCGUCUGUAUUCGUGUUUGUCUGUCUAUCAACGCAAUGUAUAAUAAAAGGAGAAGUUUCACAUAGAAACUAAUGAGAAUUUGCUAAUUACAUGUGUUUGCCACACUGUUCAAUUAAUCAAUACAGCAGGUUUACCAAAUACAAGUAAAAUAGCAUUUUACGCCAUUUAAAGCAGAAUUGAAAGCGUUUCGAAUGAUUCAUUUUGCAUACGGUAUAAUUAUAGAACAUGCUUGUGUAUAUAUUUUUCAUUUCAUUAAUGUUUCUAUGAUUAAGGCUGCUGUAUUCAAUAGCUCAGUGAGUUUACAUGUUGUAUGGAUUCAUUGAAUGAUACUUCCUUUAUAAAAAAUGUUUUAUAUAUUUUCAGUUGGAGAAUUUUUCCGAUUUGGAUGUUUUGUUUUGAUAGUUAUACAUUUUUUUAACAAUGUUUUUUGCUAGUUUUAUGUAAUUCAUGGUUUUGUGAAUGAACCCCCAGCAUGCAAUCUGGCACAGUGAUGGUUUCUGGGCAAUCCAGAGACUGAUAAAGAAAGAAUUAAAAUCCCACGAGACGAUAGGAGAUAGUGUGUCAGUCUUUAAAUGGAGAUGUUAAAACAAGACCUUGCAAAUCAGCUGCUUCUGGCAUGCAAUUCUCCCAGCAUUUACUCAGCCAGGACAUCGUGUAAGACUAUUUAAAGAUUCCCCACAAGAAUUCUCAUGUUGUUCGAAGACAUGUUUUUCUGUUGUAAAUCAAUUUUCAUUUAAAUAGGUUUAAACUUCACUGGAAAUCAGAAUGCAAACACUAACGUACAUUUUCUUUCCUGCUAGUGAUAACCAUUCCUAUUGGGUAAUGUCGCUUUGUUGAAACUUAUAAUUGAAAAUUGUAUGCCAUUAUUAAUUCCACCUUUGGCUACAGUAGCUAUAUAUAUAUAUAUAUAUAUAUAUAUAUAUAUAUAUAUUAUGGGUUCUAGCCAUUAGCUCGGUUUUUGACUGAUUUUGCCUUACUUGUGAAUGCUGCGCGCAAAUAGGAGGGGUGAAAAUAUUUUACUGAGUUUUGGAGGUUUUUUUUUGGAUUUGCCAGUAGAAGGUACAGGUUAAAUAAACUUCUCUUUAAAAUGACAACUUUAAGGAACACUAAUAUUUGUGUUGCUUCUAAUUUAUAGCGUUAAUGCCAAAUUGGAUGCCACAAGUGUGAUCUAGCUCACACCUAAAAGGUGACUGCUGCAGUCUGUGAACACAUAGAUAGACUAGCACAGAACAUGCCAUCCAUCACUUUAUACAGAGAUGCUUUUACCUUGGCUGCAAUGGCAAAGUGAUACAUGCAACAAAAUAAACUAUUGAUAUUUUAUUUACUGCCCCUUUAAUGAAUGUCAGCUAUUUGACUGCUCAAAUACAUAUCAUAUGCUGCUCUAAGAAAUCUGAAAAUCUCCAAUGUACUUUAGUUUUUUAGAAAUUCUCCAAUCCGUCUGAUGACAUCACAGAAGCUGACCAUGGUUACAGCGAGCAAGCAACCAAAUGAAAAGACAGUGGCUAAGAAUACCAUCUCGCAGGCAGAGCUCAGAAAGAUGAAUCCAGUGCAAAGGGCAAGGUGUCUGGCCUACGAGCAGCCAAAGAAAGAAGUAGCAACGUCGUUGGUCCUCACCAACAGCCGAAUACGGGAGCACACCCUGAAAUGUCUCCAGGAAACUCCACAGACCAUGAGGGACCCAGAGCAGGAGAAGCAGGCCAAGGUGGUGGGGCAACUGAAGGCAGCAGAAGCUCGAAACCGCAUACGCCUUAUGAGAUUUCGCUUCCAGUGCAUGAGGGUAAGCUGAUCCGCUCGUCAAAACUUAACAGAUGCUGUGUACUCAAAAGAUUUACCCCCUCUAUCAGUGAUGACUGGCUUUCCAUGAUGUCUUGUUUUUAAAACAGUCGAAAAAACAUGUAUUCAGGCAAAAAAGGUAUAUUUCAAACGUUACCCUCCUAUAAAGCUCUGCAUCAUUUCACCAUAAUAAAAAAUGGUGCAAUUUAACCCCUUAAGGACGGAGGCAAAGUUCUCAGUCAAUCCAAAACCUAGAACUUGAGUUAAAUGUCUGUACUACCAUAAUUUACCUCUUUCACACUAAGUGCUCCCACACUUAUUAUAUAUCAUUUUGUUCAGGAGAAAUAUGGCUUUCAUUACACAUCAAAUAUUAAUAUGGAAUACAAUUUAAAAUGAUUCAAUCUAAAGAAAAAGAAAAUUUCAACUCACAACCCACCUCCUCUGUACCCCCAAGUUAAUAGUCUUCUUGUUUUUGGUCCAAAUUUGAACAGCAUUGAUAGCUGUGUGCAUUGGGGAAGAGCCUUGAUUUUAGUCAAACCACAAAUUAAUACGGUUGAGCUCUCUAGAGAGUAGCUUUAUGCAAUUAUCUUGUAAUAUUGAGAAAAAUAAAGGAUAUUUGUUUUCCUGUAUCUAGUUCCCACCUGAAUAGCAGUUUGCCCUUGAAAACUAGAUUUUGCUUAGCCACGGCAUAGGUUAACAGAAGGCGCAAUUUAUUAUCAAGACAAAACUUGUCCCUUACUUGUUUAUACAAUUACAGAGCAACCACAGCAUGGGAAAAAGUGAUUUGAAUCCAAGUUGAGACCUUCACCCGUACACACACACUGGUGCUUUUUCCGAGAGGUCUGAGUGCUUUUAGUUAAAUGUGUAGUAAUUGCAUUGCAGCAAGACGUCGGCAAUACAUUUACUACAAAUGUAUUUCUCGUCCUUUGAAGAGAACCUAUAAUAACAAUAAUAAUAACGUGAUUUUCUCAGGAAAGAUGCAUUGGGAGGUUUCUCUUCUUUUCCAGUUUGCUCUGCAGUAUAUAUGUUAUUAAUGUAAUUAUUAUAAAUAUAAUGGUGGACUACCAGCACACAGAUUCUACAUAAAGUCCAAGGGAUAACUUCUUUCUCUGUGAAGUUCUCUGGGAUGUAGCAAGGUGCUGAGAUGGCCCUCCCGUCUCUCCGGAUAUUCCCUGCAACUUCACACAUUAUACCUUCAGAGGUGUUGAGGUACAGGUAGUAGCUCCAGAGUAUUUUGUCAUCUACUGGGUGAUCUAAGAGCUUUGACUGGUCAUCGGAGCUCUUUCCACCAUGGUCCUUCUCCAGCAGGCUGUUCAGUAAUGCAUUAGUGUAGGGAUUGGACAUGUGUCCACCAGUUAUUAUAAAACAGAGUAAAGGGUGUGGGGGAGAGAUCUGUGAGCCCUAAAAGUUAAAAAGAAACAAAGUGCUUCUUUUGUACUAAAACAUUUGAGCAGUUUUGGCUCUCCCACAGGGGCACUUAGGGCAGAGCCCCACCAGUUUUAUGUGGGGAAAAAUUUUUUAUCUAGGCAUGUUAAAAAAUAGGGUCUGGUUUGAAAUCUGCCCUGUUUCAGUAGGUUUUGCACAUGCUUAGAGUCCAUUAAGAAGGAAUUUCAUUUGAGUUGCCAUUAGGGCAGCAAAACCAGUUGCCCAUGAGUGGAGGUAUGCUAUUGGUAUUUCUGUUCAGGGGCCACCACCGGCUCAUAGCAGAAGGGGGUGGGGUAACAGCACCCACAAGAGAGUGAAGCAAUAAGCCAUCUUGGAAGCAGCACAGGGAGAGCAUAGCAGCAGCUCCUAUCCCAUGCCAAAUGUACGUGUAUAAUAUUAUCUUUUUCUCUUCCUCAAUAGCCACAGUGACCGAUUCAGUGCAUCUCUAUGAGAAGAUGCUGAAUGGCCAAGGCAACAUUUGGCUCCACCCCAGCCCACCUCCUUGACUGACAUCAUCAGAAGUGAUUAUCUCAGCCAAUCACAAUGCUUUCCCAUAGGAAAGCAUUGGCUAGGCUGAGAUAGUCAAUUCUGAUCAUCUCAGCCAAGGAGACUGGCUGGAGGUGGUGCGAGACACCACCCUGGCCAAUCAGCAUCUCCUCAUAGAGAUACACUGAAUUAAUGCAUCUCUAUGGGGAAAGUUCAGUGUCUCCAUAGAGAGGGUGGAGACACUGAAUGUCAUACCGUGCAGCACUGCCCCAGGAACCACCUCUAUUAGCUAUUUGAGGAGUGGCCAGUGGAGUAAUCCCUAGGCUGCAUUUUCUCUGAUAAAACUGUGUUCACUGCAAAAAGCCUAAAGGGACUGAUUAUACUCACCAGAACAAAUACGGUAAACUAUAUAUUAUAUAACCUCAGGGAGCCCCAAGGGUGGCAAAGGGAGGGGGCACUUCUGACAAAGAGCACUGUGCUGUCUGUCAGUAAUAGUCUGAAUAACUGCUACUGCAUAUACCCACUGUAGCGGAAUGUAUGCCUUAACUACACUUUUAUUCCCUUCGGUUCGUCUGUCCGUACACCCCAGUUCGGUUACCGUACUGACUUUGUGUGGUCCCCUAUUAACACUGCACAAUCACCGACCACCCCUGGUUUUCCCUGUGUGGCUGCCGUUCAUAUAACAGAACACACAUGUUCUAAGAAUUGGCGGCCAUUUUGUCUCCUGAACCCGGGUAGCGGUUCAUGGUCGUCGGUGGCCUGGAACUAUUUUCGGAUACGCGACCCCGCGAACACCCGGGAAACUGGUACCACUGCCCAUACAACUUACCCAACUGUUAUACGAACGGCGUUCGGGAGGUAUGAACUACUGAACAGGAGGAGCAUUCGUCGGUGUUCGUGCGAGAAUCCCACGAAAGGUGACCGGUCGUUGCCUUAUUUUCUCUGGAACUGUUUUGGGGCAGCACCUCGUGGCCAACCGGUCAAAACUUCAUUCGAAUGGCGUUCUCAAACCACCCAAGGGAUCUGAGCGCUAUUUUGACAAAGUGGGCGCUCAGACGCAAGCUAUUCAGCGAUAUAAUGUUUGGGGGGGUUCCUAUAUUAUUAAAGUGUAUUUUUAAUGAAAAUUUUUAUAUUGUGUAUGAUUUCCUGUAUCAGAGAGAUAAUUGAGCUAAUGUUUUCUCAUUUAAUUAUCUCUCAGAAACAGAGCCUCCUGGGAGGAAAACCCGUGGGAUUUUGAUGUGGAGACCCCAUGCUAGGGUUCAGUGCAUAAAAGCCGUGUGUGGCCAAAAUAAACUCAGUUGACUCCCAGAACUAUUUGUCAUCUAGUUGCUGGUGGGAAAGGGUCUUGGAGUGUUAUACUGCUUCUUUCAGCUACGAGGAAGGAAUAGCGGAGAUACCUAUGCUGGGUAUUGGAGCUCCGCUACACCCACCCUCUUCACUAAAGGGCUCGAUCACUUUACAGCUGAGACCUGAGACACUCAUCCUGUGGCUAGAUGAAAAGUUGUGAAGCUUCAAACUGAAGGACUGUGACUCUGAGGAAUGAACUAUGUGACCGUAGUAAACUGUAUCACCAUCCAGUAUUCCCUUUUUCCCAGUAGCAGAAUAAUAACAAUAAUCCACAGGAAUAAAUAUCGCUAGUAUCGCCAAAUAAUCCACACAUGAGCCAAAGCUUAAUGCUGGAACAAGACUGAUUUACUGGAAGCAACAGGCAUUCAAUUUAUACAGUAACAGACUCCUCCUCUGGGCCAGGCUAGCUAAUUGAGUUUCAGCAACAUACUAAAUUCAAUUAUCUGCUGGCCAGAAACAUUACAAUUUUCAACAUUUUUAGAAAAAUACUUUCUGCGUAAUAUAGAAAUAUAUAAACCACAUCCCUGGGUAGCUGAGGAUACUGGGAGUCACAUAGCCAAAUUUCACGAAAAUCCGUAGUUUCCGUGUCGCAUCGUGUGGAAGUUUGACCGGCUCGCCGUGUGGUGGUAUCCGAUUUAGAGUUCCAUGAAAUCAGUAGCAAGAGCCGGUCUCUGCAGAAUUACAUGAAAACUACCAUAGAUAUGUUGCGGCUGGUUACGAGAGUGCUCCCCUCGUUUGGUAGAUUAAAACUCCCGAACGCCGGUUUGAUACUAUGAGUGGAAAUAGGUCAGACGGGACUUCCAUAAUGACCGGACGUUCGUGUGAUUGCCAUGCCGAAAACAGUUCCAGGCAAUCCACGAGUAAGUCCCGCUGGCCGCAUUCGGGAGAUUUAAGAUGGCCGCCAUCCUUUGUUCUCGCCACGUGUUCGUAUGCCGAAUGGCGGCCACCUAGAAGCACUCAAUUAAGUUGCGGUUUUUCGUGUGAUUACUCGGUGUUCCAAAUCCUGAUUGCUACCCAGGGUGGUCUCCGUUCGAUAGAACGAAUACAUUUCCUGAACACAUAAUUAAAACGAAACGUUCAAAGGUAGUUAAAGAGCAGGGAGAGGACACAACCGAAUGAACACAGGUGAAUAUAGGGAAAUCCUUUACAAUCUAAUUCUGAUUUCAAUCUGUUUUACUCUGUGUGAAGAAAUGCCCCUUUUAUACUGUAUAUGCACUCCUUGUAUUUGUUUGUUAAUAGCAAUGUUUCCCUAUGGUAUUCGGUAGGUAAAACUACAGAAUGCAGACCACCCUGUUACCCAUUAUACAGACUGUACCCCCUUGCUGGCUGGAUUACGUUCGGCAGAAGUUUUGCACGAACGGCAGGUCUCGCCGCCAUUUCGGGACUUCCUCGUGUUCGCGGCCAUUUUAGCUCCCGAACAGCGGUGUUUGCCAUUGAAUGUCUGGAACUGAAAACGGACACUCAAACAGGCGAACACCGCUGAAGCCUCCAGACCUUCGGUAAACCCCUUCCAAACUACCGAACGACCAGGCGUUCGGUAGAAAGACUUACCAACAGAUGGGGAAUCAAGCGAACCAAGGAUGGUAGCUGGAUGGCCGGCCGUUUGGGAGGUUUUUCAUGCGAUCUAAGACCGACUGCAGGGCCAGAAUUCAUGGAACUGUUUUCGGCUACUUUGCCCGUGCAGUCGGUCAAAACUUCUAAGUCCUAUAUCUCCCGAACGGCUGAACCGAAUGGACUGAGUUUUUAAUAUGUUGGUCUCCCAGACAAUAGCUAUCUGGGGACACCAAAAGUCCUUGGGGUACAUCCAAACUUUGGGGAAUUUCUGUUACGUUUUAAUUGUGUUUAAUGGUUAUCUGAGGGGAGGAGAUGUACAGUAUGUAUAUUGUUAGGAUUGGAUGUAUGGCUAAUUAUAUGGGAGGCUCCCUUGCAUGGGCAGAAUUCCAUAAAAAGAGCAUGCCUGUCAUUAAACCUCAGUUCAUCUUUGUACCCUUAUUCUGACUACGUAUGCUGUUUGGGAGUUCGUGUGUUUUACAGUGGGAAUUAUCACGGCACACUAUUGGAUUUACAAUUGGGAAUUCGUCUACCAUAACUACCGAACGGAGGGCUAUAUUCACUGGGCUCUGGCUGUUCGGGAGGAAACUACCGAUUAAGGUUUAAAUGUACUUGGUUUCCUUACACUCUGCAAUGAUUGUUAAUUCUGUAAACCAUGUCAACUACUUCUGAUAUCCCGUGUACACUAUGUGUAAUAAGAUAGCUUUAUGUUGUGUCCAGCUUGUUUUAUUGUAUGAGCAUCUCUGUAUUAUGCUCAGCUCGCUGUACUGGUUAGGGAGGAGUCAAAUUCUGGGGGAGGAGUCUGGCGCCCCACCAUUUUAAACCAUCAACAGCCACCACUGCAUUUGAGUUACUCACCAUGCCUUGAACAAAUUAUUGACUGGUUUCCGCUAUUUGUUAAGAAUCUGAUAAAUCAGCUGUGACUAGCCUUUGUCUGCAACUCCAUGAUCACUGGUGUUUUUUAAAGCAAUAGUUCCUCUUUCUAUAUUCAAAUUAAUUCACUUUCUUUCUUAAUCACAACUUCAUCCUGAAAGGGCAAGGAGAGGGCAGUUUAUGCAAAUUGGCCCUACUUUGCAUGAUUCCAAUCUCACCUAAACUUCCUGAUUAAAUAUUUAGGUCAGUCAUCUUAAAUGACCAGAGGGAUCAUAGUAAAUGUUUGCAUGAGCAGAUAGGAAAUGUAAACAUUAAUCAUUCAUAAUCUCAGCCGUCGUUGCCCAUUUAAGUCACUGGCGGUAAUGUGGGUUUAGCUUUACCUCUACUUGCUGUUAAGUAAGGCCAUAUACAUCAGCAGGGCUCCUUAUUGAAUAAAUAUACUAUAACAGGGGUAGGCAACCUUUUAGCAGCACUGUGCCAAUAUAGGAUUGUGAUGUCCCGUAGCGUGCCGGUCCUAUUUUUUAAAAUUGAGGUCUGUAUGCGGCAGUAUUCUGCUUGUGUUAUUUAUACUGUAAUUGCUUUGUAUAUUUGUAUUUGUGUGUAUAUGAGCUAUUAUAUUGUAUAUGUUCAGGAGUAGUUUGUGGUAUCGUGUAUGAUACAUAUGAAUGUGGGCUGUGAUUCGGGCUGCUUGUGGAAUUGUGUGUGUGUGUGUGUGUGUGUGUGGAUGGAUAUGUCACAUUGUGUGUUUAGUAGUGUGUGUAUGUGUGGGGUUGUUUGGGGUAUUGCAUGUGAGAGGCUGCAUGUGGGAUUGUGUGCAUGUAUGUGGAUUGUUAGUGGUGUUGCGUUUGUGCAGAUUGUGUGUAUGUUUGUUUGUGGGCUGUUCGUAUUAUUUGUAUGAGGGGAGGGUUAUUGUGCAUUUCUGUGUAUAUCUAGCAGUGUGGGUGGCUUCCCUGGGUUCCAGUGGAGACCAGGCUGGCCAGGUACAGGUGAAGGGCAGGAGCUGCAAUAUCCGCUGUGGGCUGCUCUACCACAGUGUGGAUUCCCAUUCACAAGUGCUGGGAGGAAUGGACCUGAGAUCACUUACUCUAUGUGCUAUAAUGCACAAAUUGAGGAUUGUCCUUUUCAUAUUAGCAGAUAUCGGAAGUUUCACUGGGACUCCUGAUAGGCCAGAGCCUGUUUGGCUCUAGCAGCCUUAAAUGCCGUGCAAAGACACCUUGAGUGCCAUGCAUGGCACUAGUGCCGUAGGUUGCCUAACCCUGUACUAUAAAAUGCAGAACACAUGUUUGUUUAUAAGGUGGGAUCAUUAAAAAGCUGGAUGUCCUAAUAUAUAAGUAUUUUCUUGCUUUUUGAUAAAUCUAAACCUGGAAGUAGUCCAUGCCUGAUUAACUUAUAACACAUCCCAAGGCAAUUGUCUCUGCUGGACAGGAUGGAAUAGUUGACAUUCCAUAAAACUGGUAGAAACUUGUACCAUCUUCUCCAUCUGCUCGGUUUUAAAGGGGAACUACAAUUUAUCCGGAAAUCACAUUACUGAAUAGAACGCUGUAAAUCACCUAUACGUUUUAUAGUGAGGGAAAAAAGUACUUGAUCCCCUGCUGAUUUUGAACCUCUGUCCACUGACAAAGAAAUGAUCAGUCUAUAAUUUUAAUGGUAGGUGUAUUUUAACAGUGAGAGACAGAAUAACAAAAAAAAGCAUUUGAUUCCCUAUAAAACAGCAAGAUUUCUGGCUCCCAGGUGUCUUUUAUACAGGUAAAAAACUGAGAUUAGGAGCACUCUCUUAACGGGAGUACUCCUAAUCUCAGCUUGUUACCUGUAUAAAAGACUCCUGUCCACAGACGCAAUCAAUCAAUCAGAUUGCAAACUCCCCACCUAGGCCAAGACCAAAGAGCUGUCCAAGGAUGUCAGGGACAAGAUUGUAGACCUACACAUACAUCAUAUACUCAUAGGGAUGUACAAUGAAAUAUUUAUUUAUUAUUCAUUGCACAUAGCCACUUCUUGGUACAAGUAUUCCAAUUAGAGGUAGUCACCUAUCCCUUUGAGUAUAUGAUCUACCUGUCAUAGAUCCCCCUACGGGCCAAUUGAGGUUCUUUUCUCUCCUUAGAUUUAUAGAUGUGGAGUGUUUGUUUUUUGUUUCUUUCUUUUAUGUAUUCUAAAUAAAUAUAUUUUAAUUUGUAAAAGCAACUCUGAGGUAUCCUAAUGGUGCGCCUUGGACUUCUUACCCUAGGACCACUUUCUUUUUCUGUUUAAUACUAAUGGUUACCCCCUGUCUGGAUAUCCUCAGGACUCACACUAUAGCCCCUGUACACCAGAGGGGCAGAUUCUGUUGUUCUGUCGGAGGAGGAAUGCUGACCCCAAGAACACCAUCCCCACCAUCAAAUAUGGGGGUGGAAACAUUAUGCUUUGGGGGUGUUUUUCUGCAAAGGGGACAGGAUAACUGCAUCGCAUCAAAGGGACGAUGGACAGGGCCAUGUACCAUCAAAUCUUGGGUGAGUUCCUCCUUCCCUCAGCCAGGGAAUUGAAAAUGGGUGGUGGAUGGGUAUUCCAGCAUGACAAUGACCCAAAACACACAGACAAGGCAACAAAGGAGUGGCUCAAGAAGAAGCACAUUAAGGUCCUGGAGUGGCCUAGCCAGUCUCCAGACCUUAAUCCCAUAUAAAUUCUGUAGAGGGAGCUGAAGGUUUGAGUUACCAAACGUCAGCCUGAAAACCUCAAUGACUUGGAGAGGAUCUGCAAAGAGGAGUGGGACAAAAUCCCUCCUGAUAUGUGUGCAAACCUGGUGUCCAAGUACAAGAAACGUCUGACCUCUGUGAUCGCCAACAAGGGUUUUGUACCAAGUACUAAGUCGAAGGGGUCAAAUAUUUAUUUCACUCACAUGCAAAUCAAUUUAUAACUUUUUUGACAUGCGUUUUUCUGUAUUUUUUUUUUUUGUUGUUGUUGUUAUUCUGUCUCUCACUGUUAAAAUCCACCUACCAUUAAAAUUAUAGACUGAUCAUUUCUUUGUCAGUGGGCAAACGUUCAAAAUCAGCAGGGGAUCAAAUACUUUUUUCCCCUCACUGUAUUUACUUGUUUAUUUUUGUGUGGUGCUGUGUUAUCUUAAAAUAUUUUUAUUAAACAUUUACCAAAUUAUGACACAAUCCAGUUCAGUCCUCGCACAGACUGGGCACUCGUUUCGUUGUUUCUAUCUCUCCCCCUCUCUCUAUGCUCUCUCUGUGCUGACUGACAGGUGUAAAGGGCGGAGAUUAUAUCAGUGAUUGACAAGGAGACAACGUGUAGGCCCCAGUUACAGGACAGAGAUCAGCAAUGUGGAUUUCUACAUUAAAUGUUUAUUGUAUAGACCUCACUAACACAUAUUUGUUAAAGGGAUACUACAGGGAGUGCAGAAUUAUUAGGCAAAUGAGUAUUUUGACCACAUCAUCCUCUUUAUGCAUGUUGUCUUACUCCAAGCUGUAUAGGCUCGAAAGCCUACUACCAAUUAAGCAUAUUAGGUGAUGUGCAUCUCUGUAAUGAGAAGGGGUGUGACAUCAACACCCUAUAUCAGGUGUGCAUAAUUAUUAGGCAACUUCCUUUCCUUUGGCAAAAUGGGUCAAAAGAAGGACUUGACAGGCUCAGAAAAGUCAAAAAUAGUGAGAUAUCUUGCAGAGGGAUGCAGCACUCUUAAAAUUGCAAAGCUUCUGAAGCGUGAUCAUCGAACAAUCAAGCGUUUCAUUCAAAAUAGUCAACAGGGUCGCAAGAAGCGUGUGGAAAAACCAAGGCGCAAAAUAACUGCCCAUGAACUGAGAAAAGUCAAGCGUGCAGCUGCCACGAUGCCACUUGCCACCAGUUUGGCCAUAUUUCAGAGCUGCAACAUCACUGGAGUGCCCAAAAGCACAAGGUGUGCAAUACUCAGAGACAUGGCCAAGGUAAGAAAGGCUGAAAGACGACCACCACUGAACAAGACACACAAGCUGAAACGUCAAGACUGGGCCAAGAAAUAUCUCAAGACUGAUUUUUCUAAGGUUUUAUGGACUGAUGAAAUGAGAGUGAGUCUUGAUGGGACAGAUGGAUGGGCCCGUGGCUGGAUUGGUAAAGGGCAGAGAGCUCCAGUCCGACUCAGACGCCAGCAAGGUGGAGGUGGAGUACUGGUUUGGGCUGGUAUCAUCAAAGAUGAGCUUGUGGGGCCUUUUCGGGUUGAGGAUGGAGUCAAGCUCAACUCCCAGUCCUACUGCCAGUUCCUGGAAGACACCUUCUUCAAGCAGUGGUACAGGAAGAAGUCUGCAUCCUUCAAGAAAAACAUGAUUUUCAUGCAGGACAAUGCUCCAUCACACGCGUCCAAGUACUCCACAGCGUGGCUGGCAAGAAAGGGUAUAAAAGAAGAAAAUCUAAUGACAUGGCCUCCUUGUUCACCUGAUCUGAACCCCAUUGAGAACCUGUGGUCCAUCAUCAAAUGUGAGAUUUAUAAGGAGGGAAAACAGUACACCUCUCUGAACAGUGUCUGGGAGGCUGUGGUUGCUGCUGCACGCAAUGUUGAUGGUGAACAGAUCAAAACACUGACAGAAUCCAUGGAUGGCAGGCUUUUGAGUGUCCUUGCAAAGAAAGGUGGCUAUAUUGGUCACUGAUUUGUUUUUGUUUUGUUUUUGAAUGUCAGAAAUGUAUAUUUGUGAAUGUUGAGAUGUUAUAUUGGUUUCACUGGUAAUAAUAAAUAAUUGAAAUGGGUAUAUAUUUGUUUUUUGUUAAGUUGCCUAAUAAUUAUGCACAGUAAUAGUCACCUGCACACACAGAUAUCCCCCUAACAUAGCUAUAACUAAAAACAAACUAAAAACUACUUCCAAAAAUAUUCAGCUUUGAUAUUAAUGAGUUUUUUGGGUUCAUUGAGAACAUGGUUGUUGUUCAAUAAUAAAAUUAAUCCUCAAAAAUACAACUUGCCUAAUAAUUCUGCACUCCCUGUAUAGCGUUAUGAAUACAAACCUGUAUUCCUAACACUAUAGUUCCCUCUGCCUCCCGCUCUAUAUUCGAUGUCCCACGGCGCUCUUCCUUGUCCGAUGUCAUCCGAUGGGAGGGGCUAAUCCGCAUGCAGGGUGAGUGCAUUAGGCUCUCCCCACAGGAAAGCUUUGAAUCAAUGCUUUUCUAAGGAGAAUUUACGGGCGCUGGAUUUCCUCAUGCAGAAGGUGAGGACGUCCAGCGAUAGGCGACCCAAAGUCCAGUAAGAUCCUGGAAGCACUUCUAGUGGCUGAACACGACAGUAAAAGUCCUGGAAUGUGACGAUUCCACUUUUAAACAUGAUAACCCCUUAUUAAAAAUACCUACAUUUCUGAAGCUUUUCAUAAUAUGUUUAAACUUGUCAAGGGAUUGCACUAAAACUGGUUUCUCUGUCCAUUUAUAAAGGGAUUUAUUUAGGCACGAAAAGGAUUGCAUUCUCCCUAUUAGGCAUCCCUGCACGAUAAAGCAAAGCCUUUUUCUUUCAAAUGCUUUUUAUUGACAUCUAGCAAAGGGUUAAACAUUUGGUAUCUGUUCAAAACAUCUGGAAUGUUCCCUACUUCUCCCUCUGAAACCAAUUUAUCUUAUCACCCUCCCCUAUCCCCCUUUCAGACCCUCCAGUUAAUGUUCUCAGAUGUUUAAUAACAGAUCGGGGAAAGAUCCAACUCUUCAUACAGUAUGAGGUUGACAAAGGAUCAUGGGGGUUGUAGUUCUGCAACAGCUGGGAAUCUAUAUUUUGGCUAGCUUUUAAGAUCGUAAGAGCAAACCGAGACUGAUUCCCAAAUGUGUGGACUGUGCCACCUGGGGAAUGCAAACAACUUCAGCUCAUUAACUAAACUGUGACUUGGUGACGAUUAGCUUGCAAAAUUUAGGCUAAAAUUGUAAAAAAAUGAUAUUUUGCAAUUGAUUUGCAACUGCAUACAAAUCAAUGUUUAGUGGGUUAAACGUAGAAUCCCAUCCAAAUCCUCCUCUAUUCCACCACAGUUUCAAUAAACAUAGUCUACUUCCAUCGUCUGUAGGAGUGUGGAGUUAUCACGAAGGCCCUUGGCAGGGAAGGGGUUAAUGACUGCUGGACGAUAGCAGCGAGAUAAUGCACAAGUAAUGGUGAUUAGAUGUUCGGGGCAAUGUUUGGGAAGAUUGGGUGUUAGAAAUUCUGCUCCUCUCCCAUCAUGUGAUGUUGGCAUGUUUUGUGGCGUUAUUUUGUUUCCCGCCUUUGCUGUCACCGCAGGGGGUAGUGCCAUCCCAAUCAAGCUGCUUACUAAAAGGGUAGAAUCCAAACAUGGCCAGGAGUAACGAAAGUAAACUGGGUACUUGCUGCUCAUUAAGUGCAGGGAAUGCGUGCUGGUACAGUAAUGGUCUUGGGUUUGGGUCUUCUGGACAUAGUCCUAAACAGGCCUGUUAUAUGUCUAUAUUCAUGUGUGUAUUGGCAUUCACAGAGCGCCAACCUAUUCCACACCACAUUAUUAUUAUUAUUAUACCAAGUUUAAUCAGUCUUGUAAAUAUAAAUCAUGGAGCCAUAUUGUCAACUCUGCAAUCACUAUACUUAAUGAUUAAUAGUGAUAGUGUAAUGUAGGGGUUAAUAUUUACUGAUAGUGCAAUGUGGUGUAGGGGUUCAUGUUUAGUGAUAGUGUGGUGUAGGGGUAGUUUAGUGAUAGUGUGGUGUAGGGGUUAAUAUUUACUGAUAGUGCAAUGCGGUGUAGGGGUCAAUGUUUAGAGAGUGUAGUUUAGGGGUUCAUGUUUAGUGAUAGUGCGGUGUAGGGGUUAAUAUUUACUGAUAGUGCAAUGCGGUGUAGGGGUCAAUGUUUAGAGAUAGUGUAGUUUAGGGGUUCAUGUUUAGUGAUAGUGUGGUGUAGGGGUAGUUUAGUGAUAGUGCGGUGUAGGGGUUAAUAUUUACUGAUAGUGCAAUGCGGUGUAGGAGUCAAUGUUUAGAGAUAGUGUAGUUUAGGGGUUCAUGUUUAGUGAUAGUGCUGUGUAGGAGUUAAUAUUUACUGAUAGUGCAAUGCGGUGAAGGGGUCAAUUGUAGCGGAUGGCAUUGGGCUGUCCUCAAGAAUUCAUGGUAAAAAUGUAUUUGUGUAAUUAUUCUUAUGUAUAACUGUAAGUAUAUGUAGCUUUUGUCUGCUUGUUCGGUAGUUUUCCUUCCAUUUUCAAACGAAUGAAAACUACCGAACCAUCAGACCACCCCAGUGAGAAGUGUGUACCUCGUUAAGCCUUCACACUCUGUAACCGCAGCUUAAUUGACCGUGAAAUUGCUACUUUGUUUGUAUCUGUGUGGUCGCCGUUUGGCAUACGAACCGCGUGGCGGCGGCCAUUUUACGCAAAAAAAUCUCAGCGGUGUUUGGUCGUCGAGUGUCUGGAACUCAAAUCGGACACUCAAACACCCGAACACCGCUGAGACCUCCGGAGCUCCAUAACUCACGAACGGAGGGGCAAGUCAGCCUCUCGUUUGGUAAAAUAAAUGUACCGAACAAGGGAAUACAUACGAAUAUGAGAUUAGCUAUGGAUGGCAAGUAUUUCUAUGUGUUUUAACUACCGAACGGAGACCGACCGCAGGGCCAAAAUACAUGGAGCCUUUUUCGGAUACUACCUCAUGUGCGGUUGGUCAAAUUUCACCUUCCAUCUAACUCCCGAACCCCUGGUCCGAUCUGGGUGAAUUUUGAAUAUGUUAUUCACCCAGAUCUGGGCUACAAGGGGGUAUAUCAGUCUAUCUGCCUGUUUUGGGGUACAUCCAGAAAUCGGGGGAAAACUACAGCAUGUUUAAUGGGAUUAUGUGUCACACUGAGGGGAGGAGAUGUAUGGGAGGUAACUGUUACACUAUUGGCUACCGUAAUAAUUACUGUGAAUCCCUCCCUUGCAUGGGAGAAAGCUUUAAAAGACGGUUGUGUGAUUAAAAGUUCAGUUCUGCUCCUGAUGCUAGGGGUUAAUAUUUACUGAUAGUGCAAUGCGGUGAAGGGGUUAAUGUUUAGUGAUAGUGUACCAUGUUAGGGAUAGUGGGGUAAAGCAAAGAAAGCUGUAAGGGCUGCACUGCACUUAACCAAUUGGAUUUUACAAUGUCUCUGUGUGUCUGCAAACUCAGGGAUUAACCAAUUAGAUUUUACAAUGUCUCUGUGUGUCUGCAAACUCAGGGAUUAACCAAUCAGAUUUUACGUUGUCUCUGUAUGUCUGCAGGCUCAGGGAUUAACCAAUCAGAUUUUACAAUGUCUCUGUGUGUCUGUAAACUCAGGGAUUAACCAAUUAGAUUUUACAAUGUCGCUGUGUGUCUGCAAACUCAGGGAUUAACCAAUCAGAUUUUACGAUGUCUCUGUAUGUCUGCAGGCUCUGGGUAUUAACCAAUCAGAUUUUACAAUGUCUCUGUGUAUCUGCAGGCUCAGGGAUUAACCAAUUAGAUUUAAAAUAUCUCUGUGUGUCUGCAGGCUCAGGAAUUAAAUAAUCUGAUCUCCUGCCAGCCCACUGCAAGAGAUGCCAUCAGGCUGGAAGCGUUGUUGCCCCGCAGACCAAUAACAGUGAGCCCCCAGGUAUCCCUGGACCGGUUCCAGGUAAGAUGAAAGCAGCCAGCAUACAGCACAUACUGUUAUCCAUUGUGAAAUGUUAGCUGUAAAUCCUGGAAUCUGCUCCAUGCAGACCCUUUUUACACAACACUUGCAGCUGAUUGAUUCUUAAUUAUGUCCUAAUAUUUAUUUUACCAUCUGUGGGAGCAAACUACUCCUAAUAUGUGAAUUAAUGGAAAGCAAGUUGUACAAAUGCUGAUGUCUGUGUAUUAGGAGGAGGUGAGAGGUAGGUGUCCUGAUGUCUGUGUAUUAGGAGGAGGUGAGAGGUAGGUGUCCUGAUGUCUGUGUAUUAGGAGGAGGUGAGAGGUAGGUGUCCUGAUGUCUGUGUAUUAGGAGGAGGUGAGAGGUACGUGUCCUGAUGUCUGUGUAUUAGGAGGAGGUGAGAGGUACGUGUCCUGAUGGCUGUGUAUUAGGAGGAGGUGAGAGGUACGUGUCCUGAUGUCUGUGUAUUAGGAGGAGGUGAGAGGUAGGUGUCCUGAUGUCUGUGUAUUAGGAGGAGGUGAGAGGUACGUGUCCUGAUGUCUGUGUAUUAGGAGGAGGUGAGAGGUACGUGUCCUGAUGUCUGUGUAUUAGGAGGAGGUGAGAGGUACGUGUCCUGAUGGCUGUGUAUUAGGAGGAGGUGAGAGGUACGUGUCCUGAUGUCUGUGUAUUAGGAGGAGGUGAGAGGUACGUGGCCUGAUGUCUGUGUAUUAGGAGGGGGUGAGAGGUACCUGUCCUGAUGUUUGUGUAGUAGGAGGGGGUGAGAGGUACAUGUCCUGAUGUCUGUGUAUUAGGAGGAGGUGAGAGGUAUGUGUCCAGAUGUCUGUAUAUUAGAAGGAGGGGAGAGGUACAUGUCCUGAUGUCUGUGUAUUAGGAGGAGGGGACAGGUAGUUGUCCUGAUGUCUGUGUAUUAGGAGGAGGUGACAGGUAGGUGUCCUGAUAUCUGUGUAUUAGGAGGAGGUGAGAGGUAGGUGUCCAGAUGUCUGUGUAUUAGGAGAAGGUGACAGGUAUGUGUCGUGAUAUCUGUGUAUUAGGAGGAGGUGAGAGGUAGGUGUCCAGAUGUCUGUGUAUUAGGACAAGGUGGAAGGUAGGUGUCCAGAUGUCUGUGUAUUAGGACAAGGUGGAAGGUAGGUGUCCAGAUGUCUGUGUAUUAGGAGAAUGUGGAAGGUAAGUGUCCUUAUGUCUGUGUAUUUGUUUUGCAGCAGGAACGAGUUGAGAUUCUUCUGGAGGAUGACAGAGAAUUACUCAUAAGCAGAAUCCAUUGAAUUUUCACACCAGAGACUCCAAAAUCUCCCAUUUUAUGGUAAGAAAGUCGUCUGUCAUCUGUUAGUGUCCCCAGGAACACAUUAUAACAUAACACCUUCCAUGACCCGCUAUGGACAAAGGACUAAUCAUAUAAUUCCUGUUAUAGAAGAAAUACAGAUGAAUCCUUUGUUUCAUGAAUGAAUAUAGCAUGUUCUGCAAUAAAUGUUACACAGUCCGGAACUGUGUCAUCGAUUCUUUGUUAUCGAAGUAUUCGACUUUUAUUAUGGAUACAUUUCUAAGUAUACUGUAGUGAUUGUUGUGGGGUCUGAGUAUACAUAAUAUUCCCACACCCGACAUGGACCAGAGUAUCGCUUUACCCCAUGUUCUUACUAGUUGCCUCCACUAACUCUGGACUUGGGCGACACCUACUGGUGGGCUAGUAAUGGUGUUUCCUCCCACUUUAAGCCCCUGUCCUAAACUGCCCUUCUUUAACCUCUUCAUAACUGAACAAGAACCUACAGAAUGUCCAACCACCUUGGAGUUAUAAUCCAUUGCUCACGUGCAUCUGAAAGCAGUUCCAAAACAUUUUCAUUUUAUUGUAUUUUUCCAAUCAGAAAGCAUAACCUUCCAGCCUGAUAAAUGAUGUAGUUCAGAGGACAUUUACUGGCUGUCAAGACUGGGAAGUAGAGAGAGAUGUCCUUGAGCGAAGGUGUUUGGGAUCGGCCGUAUGAACAAGCGAUGGGGAGACCUUUGUCCUCUGUUUAGCUCCAAUUCCAGGUACAAUCAUGAUCUGACUCACACACAGGAGAUGGCACGUUAUCUGGAACACCAGGAAUUUCUAUGGGGUCCAUUAACUAAAUAAAGAACUGGAGGAAAUUGAAAAAUGUUUACAAAAAAGUUCUGAUUUAAAAAAAUUCUCCAACUCUUCUUUAAUCACAAUUUGGCAGUUGUAGGCUGAAUUUUGUAUUUUAGCUUCCGGUUAUCGAACAACACUUUUGAGUUCCCUGCGGCAGAAAACUAAUAAAAAUAAAA